GAGCAGCAGUAGACGGCAGAUGGAUCCGGUGGCCAGCAGCUGCAUGAGGAGCCCUCACCCCCCGGCCCCGGGCUGGGGCUGCCUUCGAAAUCCCCACGCUGAAGGCACUGGGGGCUCAGGGCUGCCCCACUACCCGCCAACACCGUUCUCCUUCCACCAGAAACCAGACUUCCCGGCGACAGCAGCGGCAGCGUACCCCGACUUCUCGGCCUCCUGCCUGGCAGCCACCCCACACAGCCUUCCCCGGGAGGAGCGCCUCUUCACUGAGCAGCACCCCGCUUUCCCACAGCCCCCCGACUGGAACUUCCCCGUCUCCGAGGCCCAGCGCAGGCUCAACCCGGGCCCAGCUCGGGGCUCUGGGGAGAUGGGGGCCAGCAGCCCGGGCCUGGUGGACACCACGGGAGGCCCAGGUGAGGAUUACGAGGUCCUCGGGAGCACUGCUCAUGAGACAGAGAAGAAGUCAACCAGACGGAAAAAGGAGAGUCCAGACAACCAGGAGAGCCGAGGGAAGCCCGAGGGCAGCAGCAAGGCUCGCAAGGAGAGGACAGCCUUCACCAAGGAGCAGCUGCGGGAGCUCGAGGCCGAGUUUGCGCACCAUAACUACCUGACCCGGCUUCGGAGAUAUGAGAUCGCCGUGAACCUGGACCUCUCCGAGCGGCAGGUCAAAGUGUGGUUCCAGAACCGAAGGAUGAAGUGGAAGCGUGUGAAAGGGGGUCAGCCAAUCUCCCCCAAUGGGCAGGACCCUGAGGAUGGGGACUCUGCUGCCUCUCCAAGUUCAGAGUGAGAUUCUCCAUGGAGAAAGAAAGACUGAGGACUGAGCCCCCCUACCCAGCUACCCUCACCCCAGUCCUCACC